AUGCUAGUGCAAGAGGAUACUAGUGCAAGAGAGCAUGCUAGUGCAAGAGAGCAUGCUAGUGCAAGAGAGCAUGUUAGUGCAAGAGAGGAUACUAGUGCAAGAGAGCAUGUUAGUGCAAGAGAGGAUACUAGUGCAAGAGAGCAUGUUAGUGCAAGAGAGGAUACUAGUGCAAGAGAGCAUGCUAGUGCAAGAGAGGAUACUAGUGCAAGAGAGCAUGUUAGUGCAAGAGAGGAUACUAGUGCAACAGAGCAUGUUAGUGCAAGAGAGGAUACUAGUGCAACAGAGCAUGUUAGUGCAAGAGAGGAUACUAGUGCAACAGAGCAUGUUAGUGCAAGAGAGGAUACUAGUGCAACAGAGCAUGUUAGUGCAACAGAGCAUGUUAGUGCAAGAGAGGAUACUAGAGCAACAGAGCAUGCUAGUAUGAUGAUGCAUGGUAGUGCAACAGAGCAUGCUAGUAUGAUGAUGCAUGGUAGUGCAACGGAACAACUUCUUACUUGUCCAAUGACUGGUCACAUGAUAAAAAUUUCGGUAACUAAGGAGAGUGGUGCCCAAGCAAGAGCGGCUCGUAACUCUGUGAUGAAGGACGGAGGAUAA